AUGUUUACUUCCGCUUCUCACUCUUCACCCUCUUCACCUGAGCCAGGUGCAUCCCGACAGCCCACAGGUGUGUCCAAACCCACACACAACUCCGGGGAAUAUUCGGCUCCAAUUCUGGAGCUGAGUCCCCAGACCAUUGUCCACUCUGGCAAAACUGGAUACAACAAUGGUUGCGCAUUGCCUCAGGCUCCAGAUUUCAACAGCUUACAGCAGCGUAGCAACAAAACAAAGGAGGCUGAGUUGACGACCCGCGGACAGAACGUCGGCGGCGACUACCCUAUCAUGUCCUUUCUGGUUGGUGGAAAUCUAGCUGAUCAGUGCGGGUUUGUGGGAGCCAUCCUGGCCAACACGCUUUCGCCGAACUUCCCGUUUGUGCUUUCCGCUCGGCAGAUGACUUGGCAUUGGCGAGAAGGAACCACGCCCUUUGUAGUGUACCAAAGGACCCCUUUGUACCAAUCGAUCGGGCAUCAGAUUCAAGUAUUGCGUGUACUAUAUCGUUACUUGCUAUCUUCUACCGCGACCUUCGGAAUUGGUGCGGACAAAUUGGGUGGACAAGAGUGA